UUUAAAAUUAUGAAAACCGUAUAUAUGAGUCUUUAUGCACUAGAUUGCUUUGAAGAAUUUUUUCCUAGUUUUCCCAACACUAACUGUCAGCACACAAGUGUCACGUGACACUUUAAUGUACAUUUUCCCGCCAAUAUUAUUUGCUAUCCUUGCAGGAGUACUUUUUGCUUGCCUUAAAACGCCAAACUUGUCAGAAUGAUAGUUCGUGAGAUGAAGAAUCUGAAACGCACUGGCAAGGAUGACUUAACUUUCUGUUCAAUGUUCUACAGUGAAUUUAGGCACUUCUGGGUAGAUUGUGGCAAAUGUCGAACUGAUUCUUUUCUUUUCACGAAUGUAGCCUUUCCAGUAAAUAACAUGUUUACUGGGGUCCUACAAAAAUGUUUUGGGUCAAACACGUGGCUAAAGUGUGUAAAAACUGCUCCUGCAGUUGAAUUCGCGCACUCGACUUCGGUUUGAUUUCAGAGCACCAUUUUGUUUGUGAACCUAUGGGUUUUAGAAACAGUGGAGGUCACUGUUGCUAUGACAUUUCAGAAGGUAGGCGAGAAAUGCUACUUCCUUUCUGGAGAGAAAUGCUACUUCCCACAACAAAAUCAUCGCUUGAAAAGUAGAAAUGUUUUGCCGAAAAGGGUCUAUACUGAAUGACUUCUAGGCUUUGCGAUUUUAUAACAUAAUUUGAUGCAGUGCCGUGAGGAACGAAGGGCAUUUGUGGCUGUUAAAGCAGACAGUGAGGUUGUUAAACUGCUAAUGUGAAAUUUAAUUUUACCCUCAAAGCCUAUUUUGGUGAAACGAUAUUCCAUUAAAAUCUUAAAAUAUUUAAAAGAUGGUCUGUUGUUAAUUUAUGUGGGCAUAUAAUGUACUGCUCAGUUAAAAUUCCACUAACUUCAACCACACUAGUAUUUCUUUCAAAGUGGCUCAGUUCACAAGCACAGUUCGCUCUUCAAAGUAAAAAUGGUUGCUACCCUUAUUUGCCUGACAAGUUGCGGCUUUGCUUGGACGGCUGCUCUAGAAAAAGUGAAGGAAACAACUCAAACGUUUCGCCAGGAAAACGGAGAGGGAACAGCAAAAUUCAGAGCACCCUCAAUGCAAGAGUGUUACAAACAGUUCAAUGAAAUUUUCAAGGAGAGAUCUGAGGAGUUUGCGAUUGAUUUUCUGAAAUUUCAAAAGAAAAUACCAGCUCUCUGAGGUAUGUUUAGUUGCUGGAAUCCAAGAAGAAAAGACAAGAAGGAAAAGUAUCUGGAAACAUUCAGCAUAAAAAGAGAGAGCAUGCGUGCCACCAUGUGGCCAUAACCUUGCUAAAAAGCCUUGUGAAAUUUACAGUUUACUUUGCAACGAUGUCAUGCUUUUGUGUCGAAGAAAAAGCUUAGUAACCUCUCCUGAAAUGGAUGUCGGAGAAAAUUUUUAGGGGAUUUAAUUUUCCGGGAAUUGAGCAAUCUGUAAAUACUGUAUUUGCAUUCGAAAUUAUUUCAUUUCGUUAUGGGAAAAAACAAGCCAGAAAAGCUCUCAGGAAUCGAAGAGUGGAGAAGAAAAAAGAAGGAAAAGAAUAGACAGAACAAUCAAAAGUACGAGAAAAAUUGCGAGAAGAGGGCUGCAUCUGCUAGAGAAAAAUGCCAACUGAAGAAAGCCCUGUUCAGUGAACUCGCCAACACACGGUGGAGUCAGCAAACAGCGUGAAGCGGGCUCACAAAAGAGAAGAAAAGAAAAUUGCCUGGGAGGAGAAGAUGGAAAAACAAAAGGCAGCAAACCAGGGAAAGAGUAAAAAAGUUCAGAGAGAAAAGAAAGCAAAUUGCAGAUGCACAGGGAGCGGAUGAUUGUGAUGGCGAUGCAACUGGAUUUACAAACAGAAUGGUGACAAGUAGGGCAGUAAGGAAAGUUACAAAAUCACUGCCCGAAACUCCAAAAAAGUGCACUGAAAUAAUCCAGAAAAUAAGUGCUAGUGCAAGAACAAGAAAACAUCUCGUAAAGGCAGGCACAUUCAAGACUCCAGAAGAAGAAAAAGAAACAGUCUUUGAGAGCAAUGGCAGCUGAUAUUUCAGAGGGCCUGAAGCAGGUGAAGAAAAGUGGUUCCAAUGAGAAAAGAGCAGCUUUGAGAGCCUUCAAAUCCCUUGCUUUUGGGGAAAACGUUAAAAAAUCUCAUGCCCAACGUUCUCUCUAAGUUGUAUCAUGGGACCAAAAAAGUAUUCAGCGUGGAAUCAAAAGGAGAACUGGCAAUAGACCCCAUAAAUGUAAGUACCAUGGAAAUCAGCAUAUUCAGAGAAGUCCUAAAUCGGCGAAAAUCAAAAAACCUAUCAACGGAAAUGUAACUAUCUAGUCUGCCUCAGAAAGGAAGAUCAAGGCCAAGCUUGAGGUUAAAGAAGAAAAAGAAGAAAUAAUCGGCAGCAGUCUGAGUGGAUAUCGUCUAAUAGAUGUGGAAAUCUUGGCUGAUGUAUUGAGGCUCUUGUGUUGCCAAGAGUGUGGUGAGUCAAAUAUUCAGUCAACAGAGGUAUCCUUUCAAAGGCAUGGUUGUGCAUCAUGUCUUCGAUUAUUAUGCUUGGACUGUGGGUGGAACCAUUGUUUUUACACGUCUAAAAAGAUAUCAAGCUAUUAUGAGGUGAACAGAAGACUUGUUUAUGGGAUGAGAACGAUUGGGCAAGGGGAAGCAUUCGCUAGGAGAUUUUGUGGAAUUAUGAACAUGCCACCCCCACCAAAACCAAAGGCAUACAGUAAGCACAACAAAGCUCUGCUCAAAGCAGCAAAAGCUGUGGCCAAUCAGACCACGAGUGAUGCCCAAAAAGAAAUUCACCAUUUGAAAGGUGAAGAUGUUGAAGGAUUUUCAAACUGUGGGGUUUCUUGCGAUGGGACCUGGCAGAAAAGAGGCCACUCCUCAUUGAAUGGUUGUGUAGCAGUAUUAUCAAUUGACACAGGCAAAUGCCUUGAUGUUGAACUGCUGAGCAAAGUCUGCCAGACCUGCCAAAGACAUGAGACCAAUAAUGAUCUCCAAGCAGAGCAGGAGUGGCAGAUAAACCAUGCCCCAAAAUGCAAAGCAAAUUUUAAAGGCUCAGCUCCAUCAAUGGAAACAGAAGGAGUGAAGCGAAUCUUUGAGAGAAGUGAGGAAAAACACAAAUUGCGUUACACUGAAUAUUAUGGGGAUGGAGAUAGCAAGGGUUUCAAUGGAGUAGAGAAGACUUACAUAGACAAAGGACUUAAAGUUGUAAAGAAAGAAUGUGUUGGACAUGUCCAGAAGCGUGUGGGGACAGCUUUAAGAAAACUAAAGAAAGAGAAAAAAGGUAUGGGCGGUAAAGGAAAGCUGACUGAUAGAAUGAUAGACAGGCUGCAAAAUUAUUAUGGGAUUGCCAUAAGAAGCAAUGUUGGCAAUCUAUCGGAAAUGAAGAAGGCAAUUUAUGCUAGCCUCAUGCAUUGUGCCUCUUCAAAGGAUCGCAAUUUACAUUGUUAUUGCCCUGAAGGAGCAGACAGCUGGUGUCGCUUCAACAGAGACAUUGCAAAUGGUACAAAGUUGUUCAACCAGGUCCUGGGCUCCCUGUUGAAAUCAUUGCUGAGCUUAAGCCAAUUUACUUCAGGCUGAGUGAGGAUGCUCUGCUGACCAGGUGCUUGGAUGGAAAGACCCAGAAUCAAAAUGAAGCCAUAAAUGGGAUGAUAUGGGACCGAGUGCCAAAAGAUGUGUUUGUGGGAGCUGACACUUUAAAGCUUGGAGUGAAUGAUGCUGUUUCCCACUUCAAUAUUGGAAGCCAAGCAGCAUUAAAUACACUCACAAACAGUGGAAUUGAACCUGGGGAGUUCUGUCUUGAGGAAAUGAAAAGAAGUGACAAACUGAGGCUUGGCAAAGCAAUUUACAAAGAAAGAGAUACCUCUAAGCGAAAAAGAAAGUUGCUUCGAGCCCGUCGAAAACAAAAAGGGGAUCAAGCACAAGAAACAGAAGGAGUGACUUAUGCCUCAGGAUCCUUCUGAACUCUUAUUUAAUGCUAUCAAGCAAAACUGUGGCUGAAAAAAGUUUAAUUGAGGUUAUUUCAUUAAAAAUGAGAAGAACAUUAUCUCAUUAAAUUAUGUCUCAACUUUAGAACCAUUUUUCUCAAAUUAUGAAAAUUACCAAAUUGCGACACUUCCAAGCAGGAUAUCUCUGUGGGGUUUUAACUAAUUGACUUGAAACUUUCAGCAUUAUUUCCUGAUGUUAUUCCCUUGGUGACAAACCUCAAAAAAAUUGGGAAUGUUUAACACUGUACUUGCAGUAAAAAUGUUUUUGAAGUAUCUGUCAUUGCUUUCCCUUUUUCAUAGGAAAAAUUAUCAAAGCAAUCAUAGUUUCCUUAUUUUUUGAGGUUUAACACCUGGGUAAUUUAUUUUGAAAUAGAAUAAAGCUAAUUUUACUUUUCUGUGACCAUUCUAAGCGGAGUUAUGCUGCUUAUAAUAGACCCACAUUUUUCACCAGUGGGGGGCUGGUUAAUCAUUAACUAUUAACAUUCGCGAGGUGAAAACAGUUAUUUUGGAGUCAGGAAGUGAUAAUCUAUAAGAUGGUAUAAAAAGAUAUAUUCAAAGAUAGUUAAUAAAAAAUUUCAUUUUUAGGGUAUAAGACCAC